AUGCUACGAGUCUCACGAAGAUACCCCCCAAUUGACCGUUUGCCCUCAAAGUUUCCCUCGACACAUUUGUCUACCUUACAAUUCGAUCAAAUGAUUGCUGAUAGCUGGAAUCUCCGCAAGUUUAAAGUGUUCCGGUCAGCAGCCGCCGAAUAG